CACACAGGCCUACUCUUCAAAAACGCAUUUCUACUCUCCAAACAAACGUUAUUUUGAUUCUUGCAGUUCAAUUGUUAAUUAUUGAAUGCAGUUCAAAUGGAGGAGGCAGGUGAGGUGUUAUCAGACACACAAACAGCAGCUUGUUGCCCUUAACACCAUGCAAACUAAAUGACAUCAGAACAGAAAAGUUUUCAAUGCACUGACUCACCGUGUAUUUGCUCCAAGUUAAACUCAAUCUGGAGGUAACAUACAACAGUGGCAAAGGAAAACAAUACAAAGAUUACAAUGAUGACCAAACCUUAUGGAAAACCAGGGGAUGUGACUGAGCUAGUCAGCUCUCUGGGAUGGAUGGAGGAAGACCUCAGCUCACAAGAUGGUGAUAGGACACCUGAGAUAGGUCACUAUGCGCUACACAGGAGCAAUCGUGAACCUGUAGAGCUUGGCAGUGAGGAUAUGGAGGAAGAGGAGGAGGAGGAAGAGGAAGAAAUGGGUCUCGAUGGAGAAAAGGCACCCAAGCGAAGAGGUCCUAAAAAGAAGAAAAUGACCAAAGCCAGACAAGAACGUUUCCGCGCCCGCCGCGUCAAGGCCAACGCGAGGGAGCGCUCGCGCAUGCAUGGGCUGAACGAUGCGUUGGACAACUUGCGGCGAGUCAUGCCUUGUUACUCAAAGACCCAAAAGCUCUCCAAAAUCGAGACCCUGCGGCUGGCCCGCAACUACAUCUGGGCGCUUUCGGAGGUUCUGGAGAGCGGCCAGUCACCUGAGAGUCAUGGUUUUGUGGAGAUGCUUUGCAAGGGGCUUUCGCAACCUACCAGCAAUCUCGUAGCCGGCUGCCUCCAACUUGGACCCUCAACUAUGGUGCUUAACAAGCUGGAUGAAAAGUGCGGGGUGCCAGGAGCAGGUGGUCCGCAGGGUCACCCCAUUAGCUAUCCCUCACCGGGACUUCCCAGUCCACCCUACGGCUCAUUGGAGGCCUCACACUUGCUUCAUCUGAAGGGUUUCAAGGGGGCUGCCUAUGAGAACUCCUCACCCAACGAAUGUAGCAGCGGCACGCCACCUUACGACGGCCCUCUUACGCCGCCGCUCAGCAUCAGCGGCAACUUCGCCCUCAAGCAGGAGCCGUCUCCUCACGAGGCCGAGAGGAACUUUACCCCUCACCCGACCCACGCCGCGCAUUACAUCUCCUCACACCCUUACCCGCCCACCUCCUUGGCCGGUCUUCCAGCUCCUCAGGGUCACCCUCUAUUCCCAGCCUCCCGUUACGAGCUUCCUUUAGACAUGGCUUUCGAGCCGUUUGCCCCUUCGCACAUUGUGACAUCACAGAUGAGCAGCAUUUACAGCGAAUAAACAAAUAUGACCACCAGAGACGCUCAGCAAUUCUGCCUCCUGCUCCUCAGUGUGCCUCCAGGGGCCCAGCACAUUUAAGGAGACACUUUGCAUGUAUCCUGUCUGAUCCCUUAAGAGACCAUAACGGUCACUGAGAGAGAAACGCAACCUACCUGUGGCAAUUGAAGUACUGAGAAAGAGAUGCAUAUUUUUUUGUUAAUUUAUUCUUGUUUUUGUCACAGCUGAGUUUGUUACUAUUUUAAAUGUUAUUUUUAAUUGUUCUGGGAUUUGUAUUCUGUGUACACUUGAUGUUCUCCUCCUCAAAUAGGAUGGCUUUUUUGGAAACAUGCCAUCAACCUGACUUGUAGACCGGAAGGUUUUUAAGGAGAGUAAGAACCUCAGUAUCUUCAGCACUGUUCAACCACUAAACAAAACACAGCAGAUUAAUGAAUGAAGGAAAAGGACAAUAAAUUUAACACACUACAUUUGCCAUAACAAAUGCAUUUAUUUAUGACUGUAUUUAUUAUUUAUUUUGAUGACAAUUGUAUAUGUUUUGAAACAAUUUGUCAGCACUGUUUUUAUUGGUUCUUUGGUACACUGCCAGUCACUGCUACCAAUACUCAUAAAGUAUCUAAUUUAUUUAUCAUUCAGUUUAAUGUAUUUUUGUCAUUCUCCACAAUGUUUGUAAUUUUGCUCAAGCGUUUGUAAAUAUUUACCUGUUUCGCACUUAAUAAAAUAAAUAUUCUUAUAUAAUAUGA